AUGCCUGCCCCUCCGUCUCCCCUGAAACUCUCACACCGCUAUCGAUCAUCAAUCGACGACACACCAAUUUCCCCUGGAACAGCGGGAAAUGGCUUUGUCCCAGCCAGUCCCCGCUCACCACAGACUCCCCGUCUCUCUGCGCCCCCCUCCCCCAUCCUCUCCCGUAACAAUUCCACCGCCAUGAGUGGGAAUCGCGACUCCGGAGACUUCACCGGUGCCGACGGAGGGGGCCUGGGGAACUUGGCCGAUGAGCUAGCCGAUGCCUGGGAAGAAGACGAAGAUGGUUACGGUUACGCAUCAGGGCAGGAAAUGAGCCGCGCGGGGUCGCAACAGCUCGGCCAAAGCGACGGGGAAGAUGCGUACAUGCAAUCCGUGCGUGGAAUGCGCACGCGGUCACCGUCCGUCUCACCAGAGAGAGAAAGCCUCCACCCUUCCAGGAAUAAGAACCGUGCAAACCAUCUGCGGCAGCACCGCCGGCAGGAGUCGCAAUACGAUGGUUCAGACUAUGGGCCCGAUUCGGACUUCGACGAGGCGGCGGAUAUCUCCCCCGCCCUGGAAAACCAGAUGGCUGAAAUUGAAAGUUUGGUAAGGCGCGGGAUAGAGAACAAUGGAAGUGAGAAUGAUCGCGUGAUCCAACGGACGGUGGACUCGCUAAAGGAUCUUGGUGGUCAGAGCGGAAUUGAAAACAGCGCCAUGAGACUGAUUACCGCCCAUUCUUCAAUCACCUCGCACCUGACACAUCAAACUCGCACUCUCCAAUCACUCAUUCAUCCUCUCCUGUUCUCUCCUUUCCCCCUCCUCUCUGAAGACGCCAUCGACUCUCUUAUGCCCCUUAUCGACGAAGGCCUCUUGCCAAAUCUCCCUUAUCCAUUCCCCGACCAGCCCCGCCAUGGCUCCAGGCCUGUCACGCCACAAUCAUCCGCACAUAAUCCCCUCGCCUCUCUCCAAUCACUUAUCUCCCAAACCGCCGAGAUCACGCAGUUACUCCGCGGACUUAGCGACACUCUCUACGAGUCACGGCAAUUGACCUCCACAGCCUCAAGACGGCUCCGGUCUGCCCGGGAACUCGUCGCCGACAUUCGACGAGAGGAAGAAAAUCGCGAAGAAGGGUCCCGGUGGAUUGAGAGAGGUGAAUGGGACCGCCGAUUGAAGGACCGAGAAGCUGGCAAGGUCUGUGGUGAUGUCGUCAGUGGCUUUGAGGCUGUCUGCGGCGAAUGGCGGGAGAAGCUGUUCGGGGCGAACGCUGAGCUGGCUGCUGCAUAG